AUGAGGAUGGACGACCGGAGCUCAAAACGUGCGCGGCAACAGAGAGAAGGCGGUGGCGGCGGCGGCGGCGGGUUGCCGGCAGGCGCGGAGAAUGAGUUCGGUGCCGGCUUCCCUCGCGCAUCCCUCGCAGGCUGCCACCUGGAGGUGAAGCCGUCCCAGACCCACCUCUUCGUGGGCAUGGCCAUCGAGCUCAAGGUCAGCAUCCUGAACGACGAGGACGUGGUGCAGCAGACGACCCAGGGCAUCAACGUCUCCAUAACGGGAGAGGAUGGAAGGGUGGUGGCGACACACCCCAACAUGUUCGAGCUCACGCCGCAGCGCCCGGCCCUGCUGGACGGCUCGACCACCUUCCACCUGCUCCUGUGGGAGGGCUGCGUGCGCACGGGCAACCGCAUCAAGGUCCACGUUGAGACCUCCUCGGGCAGGGGACGCGAGCAGAUCAAGGCGGACAGUGAGCCGAUCAUGGUGUGCCGCUCCGCCCUGACGGUAGUGAGCCAGCCUCCUGAGAGCUGGUACAAGGACGAAGGCGGCAAGAACAACUGCAUCGCCAUCGAAGCGACCGUGCGGGAGAAGCUGCCGUCGGGGCAGGUGGGCCAGGCGCAGCCCGGCGUGCCCCUCACGCUGGCCCUCGUGUACGAGGCCGGCACCGAGGUGCACUCCCAGGAAAUCCUACAGGUGCAGUCGGACACCCAGCUCGUCACCAACGAGCACGGGCGCGCCAACCUCAAGUUCAAGAUCACGGAGGUUAGCCAAAGGCACCAGAGCCAAAGGUUCUGCGUCAAGAUCUGUCCGGACGUGCGGCUGGCCCCCGAGUUCAGCAACGUCGCCCCCGUGGUCACCGUGCCCGUCAUGGUCCUCAGCAAGCGGAAGAAUCGCAGGCUCAAGGCCGAGAAAAUGGCACAAAGCGCGGCCGGCGGGUAUGUUCCAAGCAGUAGCGGCAUGGGCAACAUGGCGGGCCUUAUGUGGGCCACUGCCGGAGCCAACGGCCACCUGCCGCCGCCGAACAUGGACGUGGUCUCCUCCCUCCCUCCGUCGCACUGGCCCUCCCCGGCGGCGCCUUCCAUCCUCAACGGAGCUCCAGCCGGACGCGGAGGUCGCAUGGGCUCUUCUCCCCCGUCAGCCCAGCAUCAGCAUCUCCAGCAGCAGCAGCAGCAGCCGCACCUCCAGCACAACCCUCAGCAGGAGGCGGUGGCGGCGGCGGUGAACGCGUUGCAUCGCGCCCCCGGGGGCGGGGCCGUCGCGCCGCAAGCCCCGGUGUCGGCACCUGUCGAAGACGCCCCCCUUCGGGUGCCCCCCGGGGCGACCGGCUCCCUCCUGAAAGUUUUCAGGUGGACAGACGCUGUGCUGCAGCUGCUGCAGAUGGAACUCCAGUGGCAGCACAUCGGCUACGAGCGCGACGAGGCCGACGGCUCGGCGUGCUACUCCCGGCCUCUCUUCCGCUGCCCAGUGUGCCGAGUCUGCAAGGGCUCCGCCCAGCCCCAUCAGAAGCACGCCGCCGACUGCAAGCUUAGCGGUCUUCUGGCCGAGUUCUCCGGCCGCAGGAACAGCGAAUUCGCGGCCCUGGUCGAGCAGCAGCAGCAGCUGCGCGGGGGGGGGUCGUCGAGGUCGUCGGCCUCUCCCCCCGUGUCAUCGGGGAUGGCGGGAACGCGGGGCGGCGGCGGCAGCGGCGGCGGCGGCGCAGCGGCGGCGGCAGGGGGCAGGGGCGGCGCUGAUGGGCGGGGACUGAAGGACGGGUACGGUGAAGGGAAUGGAGCCGCCGCGAGGAUUGCUGAAAUGCACAGAGGGCCGGCGUCGGUCAUCUUGGGGCUCAAGAACGCGCCGGAAGGUGCAUCUGGAGAGGGUGGUCCGGGAGGAAGCUUGAUACGCGAGUCUCCCCCCGGGAGGGAUCGGGAGGAUGGCAACGGCAACGUCGUCUCCGUCCCCUUGUCCUCGAUGCGAGAUCAAUCAGGCCACUAUCUCCCCCCGGUGCAGUCCCACGAGCUGCUGAGGGCGGGCAGCGGCGGAAUGUCGCGGGGGCUUUCCAUUGGGUUCGGCGGCAUGUUCGACAACGGCAUGGUGCCGACCAGCAGCGGGGGAGGAUCAUCGCGCGACGGGGAAAAAGAAGGCCUCCCGCGAACCGGCAGCGUGGCCCCCUUCGUCCCCAAGGAUGACCUUACCCCGGCGGAGGAAAGGGCCCAGUACAUCAUGCUGCCGGAAGGCGCGGCUGGGGAAGGCGGCGGCGGCGGCAGCAAGCAGCUCACGGUGUUCUCGGAGAAGGGUUUGCUGCUAGGCUUCUACGACGAGAAGUACGACGUCGGCCAGCAGACCCACCUUCCGUUCCAGGGCGUCGAGAACAACUUCUCGUCCAACGCGAAACGCGCCCUGGAGGCCAAGCUCCGGGCAGCCAUCGACAGCGAGAGGAGCAGCAGGGCCGCCGCCGCCAGCGGCGGCAAGGCGGCGGCCGACACCAUGGACACGGACGAUGGGGGCGAUAACAACACGGGAGGGGCCCAAUCCAAAAAGCGCGAGAGAGGGGGCCGGCCGACCAGGUCUACGUCUGCGGCGGCGGCGGCGGCGGCGGCGGCGGCAGGGGGGUCAGGCGUCAAGAGGGAGUCGACCGGCGGCGGCAAGAAGGAACCCGCCGCCUUCCCGAAGGUGUACACGCUGAGCGACUUCAAGAGCUACCAGGAGAUGAAGCGGCAGGUGUUUUACGACUGGUCUCUGGGUCCACAAAUGGACAUGAACGUGUUCGAUUCCGACAAAACGGACGGCAAGGCGCCGAUCAGGACGUCUCCGCGUUAAAAGUAGAUUUGACCAACCAAAUCACGCCGCCUUCGGCGGCGGCAACGUGGUUUAUAGUUUGUAGCAAGGGCCCAUAAGGCUCUUGGGCAGUAAGUUGCGGCGGCGGUGGCACUACGAGUAGCGCAGCAUCCGGCAGCCAGCAGCAGCAUCGCACGCAGUUGUACAUUGUAGGGCGGCCAGUGUUAACGAAACAAAAUGUAGGGUGGGUCUGGUCGUGUUAAAACAGUUUGUGUCUUGAAAGGGUGGUGAUACCGAUUUCGAACCCCGGUACAGAUGUAGCAUAGGCGUAGGGGUACAUUUCGAUUUGUGUUCUAUAGUUGUUGGUUAUCGUCUGGCGCUGUUGAGUUGUGUCGCCAUGUUUUGUGUCUUAUGCUCGAACAAUUUUUCCAAGUGCUUUUUUGGAAGAACAUAUGUAUGCCAGCUGGAAUACCCUACAUCUAGGUCUCCGCUCUCUAGAACAUCCGGUUCGAAGGGCAAGAUGUUUGAACGUCUUUACAACGAGUUGAAGUACGUGUUACGGUUUUUGUUCUGUUUUUGUUUUGUGCGUUCAUGGCUGGUGUUUGGCGUUAUUUUUGUGGCGUUCUGAUGCUCUUUAGUCUACUUGUGCACUACUGCAUACUUUUUUCACCUUU